UACGAACAAGUGCUCUUCAUUAGAUAUCUGAUAUUAAGACUAAGAUUAAGAAAAUUAUCAAAUACCGACAUACUUGAAGAAAAAAGUAGAAAUUGAAAACGGUACACGAUGCCUCAUACGGGCCAAACGGGAGUAAAUCAACUAGGUGGCGUUUUUGUAAAUGGGCGCCCCCUGCCGGACCAGGUUCGCAGGCGUAUUGUUGAGCUUGCACUCCAAGGGGUUAGACCAUGUGAUAUUUCCCGCCAAUUGUUGGUAUCCCAUGGUUGUGUUAGUAAAAUUCUGACAAGAUUCUACGAGACUGGAUCUAUAAAGCCUGGCGCAAUCGGUGGGAGUAAGCCAAAGACGAUACAGACCCCUCCAAGAGUUUCAGGGCUUCAUGUAGGUCCGGUACGUCAACAGGAAUCCAUGGUUGUGUCGCACUUUGGAGGACGACAAGUUGACAACAACGCCGUGAUGGAACAACAACGGCAGUUUCUUGCUGCGACCCAACAGUUUAACCUUCUUCAAUCUAUAUUGUAUAACAAUGUAUACGGACUCGGUAGAUCUGUACCAGUCGGACGCCAUGGUCCUCACUUAGGACAGCACUUGGCUUUCCAACCGGCCAUGCAGGACCCGAACAGAGCCGAUAGAAAUACAGAGUUAGAGCAAGGGGCUUACAACCAACACACGGCGUUAAAUUUAACCAAAGAUACUAAAAAAGACAAUAAACGGACAAAUAAAAGGAGUAUGAACUGCAUCAGUGAUGAGCAGAAACAAAUUAUGGAAACAGGACAGAGCGAUGAUGAUUUAAAACCGACAUGUGAGUGCCCUGUUGCAAUAAAGAAACAACGACUUUAUAAUGUAAAUUCGAAUAAUGAUGACAAUAAGCUUAACAUGCCUGAAGACAAAACAAAAGAGGAAAAUCAAAUGGAUCAUACGUGUGUUAUCAAGAGCAAUGGAAAGGACGGUCCCGAACCUCACGAAAACAUCACAGAUCCCCUCAUAUCCUCCAGUGAAGAACAAUCAAAUAAGAAAGACAUUUCAGAAAAUAAUUUCAUCAAGAAAGUAACCCCCGAAUUAACAAAUGGCUUACCUGCACUUGAUGGCAAAACUAGCGCAAGAAAUGAUAACAUAAAACAAGUCAAUUCGACGUUAGCUUUAGGACACGGAACGCUAUUCAUGCCAUUUGCUCAAUCAUACAAUAAAGGUAAAAACAACGUUGAUCCAAGAAAUCAAUUGAACCACCAUAUGGUUUACAAUAGUUACGCAAACUCCAUAUUUAAUUCAACAAGGUAUAGUGGCGUCACCUAUAUCGACCCAAUAAUACCCCUUUGCCCGGAAUCUGAGAUUCAGGCCAUAGGUCAAAGGGGUCCCGUCUAUGACAGAUUAGUUUGA